CUGAAUAUCCCGCCUCUCCUAUCCCAAGAACUCCCUGUUCAUGGUUUUGUUCAUUUUUCCAUUUCCCUCAAUCUCUAUCUCUUCAUAUUACCACGGUAGUGUUUUCGAUCCCAGUUGACUGCGUCCAAAAAGAUGCGAGGUCCUCAACAUCUCGACGCACAGCCUGUCGACCAGGUCGAAGGACUAUCUUAUCCUGAAAAGGCCGAUGGGGAUAUGUUAGCAAGCAUGGAGAAGGCAACCCAAUCCACACAUGAAAGCAUGGGAUCCUCUACCAUUUCCAAGGCACACCAAGAUUAUUUGAUGGAGCGUCAUGGCACAUUAGAGCUUGAUCCUCUUCCUAGCAUGGAUCCCGCAGACCCCUACAAUUGGCCUGCGUGGAAGAAACUCAUCAACCUGAUUUUGGUGGCAUUCCACGCCCUCAUGGCCACGUUUGCGGCAGCUGGUAUCAUCCCAGCAUAUAAAAUCAUCUCCGAGGAGUAUGGAAUCACCAUUCAAAAGGCCAGCUACCUUACCUCUCUCCAGAUUGCCAUCCUGGGAGGAGCGCCAUUGUUCUGGAAACCUCUGUCGAACCGAUAUGGCCGGCGCCCCAUUUUUUUAAUUUCUUUGAUCUGCAGUAUGGUUUGUAACAUUGGAUGUGCGAAAUGCACCGACUAUGCUUCUACGGCAGCCUGUCGAGCACUUCAGGCCUUUUUUAUUUCCCCUGCUUCGGCCAUCGGUAGUGCGGUGGUAACGGAGACAUAUUUUAAGAAAGAACGUGCUCGGUAUAUGGGCGUGUGGACGCUACUGGUAACCAUAGGUAUUCCCAGCGGCCCAUUCAUCUUUGGGUUUGUUACGGAACGAGCGGGCUACGUGUGGAUAUAUUGGGUCCUGGCUAUGAUCAACGGCGGCCAGUUCAUCGUGUAUCUCUUUUUCGGGCCGGAGACUCUGUAUGUCGACAGCACGCAAAACACCAACGAGCCCAGCUGGAAGCGAGAGUAUCUAUACCUCCGGCGGAUCGAUCCCACCCCAUUCUCAUGGUACGAGUUCGUGAAGCCACUGACUCUCGUGAUGCAUCCCUGCGUGAUUGUACCGGCCGCCGCGUACGCCAUGGUUUUCUGUCUCAGCAACGUGCUGGCGACAGUUGAAGUGCCCCAACUGCUGCAGCACAAAUUCCAGCUAGACUCGGAGCAGCUAGGCCUACAGUUCCUAGGUCCUAUCAUCGGCUCAUUUCUCGGAGAGCAGGUCGGUGGCACGAUGUCCGACGUAUGGAUGAAUAUGAACGAGAAGAAGACCCAGCGCAAACCCGAGCCCGAAUUCCGGCUAUGGCUCAGUUACCUUGGCUAUACGCUGUCUAUUGUUGGCCUGAUUGUCUUUCUUGUUUGCACUGAGCAGGCUGAACCGGGUCAUUGGGUUGUUUCGCCCAUUAUUGGCAUUGCACUCGGUUCUGCGGGUAACCAGAUCGUCACCACUGUUCUCAUCACCUACGCGGUCGAUUGCUAUCCCAUGGAGUCCGCCAGUGUGGGUGUGUUCAUCACCUUUGUUCGGCAAAUCUGGGGCUUCCUCGGUCCAUUCUGGUAAGUUCGCAGUGAAAGAAAAAUAGGAUAUCGCGUGUAGUUCGCUAACGAAGGACCUUAGGUUUCCGCCCAUGUUCGAAACAGUGGGCGUCGCUGCGAGUUCCGGGGUU